CCUUCCGCACGUUUCUUUCCUGACUGACCUUAGGAGUCUGCGAACGUCGCUUAGCUGGAUUAUGUAUGUUACAAUGCGAGUUUCGUAGCUAACUGUACUUUUCGGCGUUGCUCACAGGGCUGCUGGCGAUUACACUUUCCGCUGUCUGAAAAUGUCGCUUAAUCGUUGUAUUUACCUGCUAUCCCGCUCACACCUGCGGCGUAGGGCAUGUGUUGUUACAUCUAGCCACACUGCCGCAGUGGCCAACAACUACACAGGGCACAUGUGUGCACCAAAAGGACCUUUGAGGACAUGUCCAUCAUCUUCAGACAGCGCGUCGAGACCCCCGGAUACGUCCCUCUUUGUACCUCUCGCUGUCAAAAGCGAAGUAGCGAAGGAUGGUGCAGUUGGAGAGGAGUUAACGCAGCCGCUUGACAAAAGCGAACUUCUCAAGGUACUAAAUAGAUUUUACAAAAGAAAGGAGAUGCAGAUCCUUGCUUCUGAGCAGGGUCUUGAUGCUCGCCUGUUCCACCAAGCCUUCAUCAGCUUUAGGAAGUAUAUUCUGGAGAUCAACACCCUUAAUGCUGAUCUACACAUCAUUCUCAGUGACAUCUGCUGUGGAGCAGGGCACAUAGAUGACAUUUUCCCAUACUUCAUGAGGCAUGCCAAACAGAUCUUUCCCAUGCUGGACUGCAUGGAUGAUUUGCGCAAAAUCAGUGAUUUGCGUGUACCGGCCAACUGGUACCCUGAAGCCAGAGCUAUUCAGCGGAGGGUUAUAUUCCAUUCUGGCCCCACCAACAGUGGUAAGACGUAUCACGCCAUCCAGAGGUACCUGGAAGCCAAAUCUGCCAUUUAUUGUGGUCCUCUCAAGCUGCUGGCCCAUGAAAUCUUUGAAAAGAGUAAUACAGCAAGUGUGCCAUGUGAUCUGGUGACAGGAGAGGAGAGAACCUUUGUGGAUCUAGACGGGAGACAGUCCAGUCAUGUAGCAUGUACUAUUGAGAUGUGCAGUGUCACAACCCCAUAUGAAGUAGCUGUCAUAGAUGAGAUUCAGAUGAUCAAAGACCCAUCCAGAGGAUGGGCGUGGACGAGAGCGCUUCUUGGUUUAUGUGCUGAGGAGAUCCAUGUGUGUGGAGAGGCUGCAGCUAUUAACUUCAUCACUGAACUCAUGCUCACUACUGGUGAGGAGGUUGAGGUCCGUAACUAUACGAGGCUGACUCCGUUCUCCAUCUCGGACCGUGCUGUGGAGAACCUGGACAACCUCAAGCCUGGCGACUGCAUUGUGUGUUUCAGCAAGAAUGACAUCUACUCUGUGAGUAGGCAGGUAGAAAGCCGAGGCCUGGAAUGUGCCGUCAUCUAUGGCAGCCUGCCACCCGGUACAAAGCUGGCUCAAGCAAAAAAGUUCAAUGACCCAGAUGACCCCUGUAAAAUCCUUGUUGCCACAGAUGCAAUUGGAAUGGGUUUGAACCUGAGCAUCCGGAGAAUAAUCUUCAACUCGCUGGUGAAGCCUAGUGUGAAUGAGAAGGGGGAAAAGGAGGUGGCCACCAUCACCACAUCGCAGGCACUUCAGAUCGCCGGGCGGGCGGGUCGCUUCAGCUCUGUGUUUAAGGAAGGCGAGGUGACCACCAUGCACCAUGAGGACCUGCCCGUGCUCAAGGAGAUCCUGAACAGGCCCGUGGACCCUGUGGAGAUGGCCGGUUUACACCCCACAGCCGAGCAGGUGGAGAUGUUUGCGUAUCAUCUCCCCCAGGCAACGCUGUCCAACUUAAUUGACAUAUUUGUGAGUCUCUCGCAAGUCGACGGCCUUUACUUUGUGUGCAACGUCGAAGACUUCAAGUUCCUGGCCGACAUGAUCCAGCACAUUCCUCUCAACCUGCGCUCACGCUAUGUCUUCUGCACAGCCCCCAUCAACAGGAAGCAGCCUUUCGUUUGCAUCUCCUUCCUGAAGUUCGCCAGGCAGUUCAGCCGAGAUGAGCCGCUGACCUUCAACUGGGUGUGUAGGCACGUCAACUGGCCCCUGGUCCCGCCCAAAAACAUCAAGGACCUAGUUCACCUGGAGGCAGUCCAUGAUGUGCUGGACCUCUACCUCUGGCUCAGUUAUCGCUUCAUGGAUAUGUUCCCCGACGCCAACCUUGUGCGUGAGAUCCAGCAGGAGCUGGACAUCAUCAUUCAGACUGGCGUGCGGAACAUCACGCGGCUCAUCCGUGCUGCGGAAGCACAGGUUCCUGAGGCAGUGGGCCCUGGUCUGACGUCUCCGUCCCUGAGAAGGGCUCGGGGCUCCAAAGCCCAUCCUGGCACCAGCCCCAACAUGAGGCCCUUAGGCAGCUCGCUGGGAUCGCGCCUGGUGCAGGAGGGGCUUCUCACACAGGAGCUCCUUCAGCAGCUGCAGAAGGAGUGGACCAAAGAACAGAAGCAGCCCACAGGUGUCGCCAAGGUGUCUGCGGGGAUGGCUACCAAAAACAAGAAGAAAAAGAAGUGAACUGUUGACCUUGGAUGGCUGACUUUGACAUUUAUAGAGGAUCUUAUUUAACAUGUGAAUAGCAUGUUAGCAUAUAUGUACUUUUUCAACUGGGUAUUUGAUGGCUGUCAAAGCAGACAUGCAGUGCUUCAAAUAAAACACUCAUUUUUCAUGG